GGUAUGUUUACAACAAUUCAAGUGAAUCAUUGUCGACGGCAGAUUUAUAUAGUUAUGUGUUCAUUUCCAUCGAAAUGUCCACCAAAAUAACUAGUUUUGCUCCUCCAUGCUCAAGUGAACGAUGUAAGGAAAAGGCUCCUCCUAAAGGUAUCCUACAAAAAACUGACAGGAGCCACAAACCUGCGCUUAAAAAAGUCCUGACGUCGAAGAAGGCCAUUUCAGCAUGCACGGAGAGCAAGAGUUGUUCCAGCGGGGUGAGUACCAAAAAGAGUACUGCGAAGCCUAAGAAAUUAACCAAAUCAGACUCCACGGUCACUAUCCAGAAGUCCGAAAAUGGUGAUGUUGUGGACUACUGCAAGAGGUGUGGCGAUAGUAAGAGCAACGGUGAAGUUCGGGACAAAAUCGGAUCAAUCAUGAGUGCAAUGAACGUAAAAUGCGUCAAAAAUGAUAAUAAGGUUAAAAAAAACUGCAAAAAAUCAUCCAAACCAGUCCAACAAUAUUACAAAAAUGAAAAUUUCUAUGUAUGCGAUGAAUCUUCGCGUGAAACUCCAAAUAACAAUAAUAAGAAAACAUCUCUGGACACCAUCAAAGAAGUCUCUGAGAUGCAUUCAGUGUCUGAAGACUCCAUUUUCAGAAUAUAUUCAGACUCUGAUGACGACGUUACUUUUAUAGACCCAGGCAAUGAUGAGAACAUUAGAAAACUGAAAGAAUUUCGCCAAAAAAACUAUUUUGAGUGUCAUUCAGCAAAAUCUAGAAUAAAUUCCAAAGUGAGUGCUACCAGUCUGACUGACCACAAAUGCGUCUAUAGAUUUUACUUGAACGAGCGUUUAUUCCCUGUUCCAUUGAAUACUGACUACAACAACAAAGUUCGCUGUGUGGAAUGCCAGCUGCCAAUGGAUGUCAAGCAAGAGUCUUCGGGUGAUAAAAUCAAUGGGACUAUACAAGCAAAAGUGAAGAUUGGUGCAAGCGACACACAGGACAUGCUUCUCCUUCUCCCAGUCAAAGAUUCUCUCAUCAUUGAAGAGAGAAGAAAAGAGAAUAAACAGAAAGAGGACUAUGUGUACUUCGGGAUUGUGAAACUAAGUUCUCAUGGUCAAUCCAUCUUCAACAGGAAUUUACCGGAGAAUUCCUUGGCUCUGAAAUAUCAAAAAGGUUAUCAAGAAUAUCAGGAUGAUGGCAGAUAUCAGUAUAAAAAAAUAAAGGAGGAUGAUGUGAUUAUAAUAUAGUAUUUUCUCAUGGAAAUUUCUGGUAACGCAGACCAAUUUUGCUAUUUUGCCAUUCACCGCUUAAAUUGCAGCUUUGGUUCAAACAAAUAUGUUGUUUAUGAUUUCAAGGAUGUUGAAGGUAUCUAUGUUAUUAUGAGCCAAUUGCCUACUUAACUGUAUAUUAUUGAUAUUAUAAUAAACUUGAGUUUGUUUUCGUUGCA